CUGAAGUGAAAUGACUACAUCUCUCAUUUAUUUAUUUAUAUUUCGCGCGAAAAAAUAAAUCAGUACUGUGCUCUGGUCAGUACUAAAGAGUAAAGACGCAGUUCUUUAAUCUUUUUGGUUCCUUUGAAUUAAUAAUAGUUAGUGUCCAAACGAUUCUCUGUAGGUAAGGUUAGGGUGCAAAAUCGGAUGCCCCUUGGAUUCUAUUUACAAAAAAAAAUAUGACUCGAGAAUCAAUCCUCUAUUCAGACAAGUAUACUGAUGAUAAAUAUGAAUACAGGCAUGUUAUUUUGCCUGCAGAACUAGCAGAAUCAGUUCCCAGAAACCAUUUGAUGACAGAAACUGAGUGGCGUAAUCUUGGUGUUUUGCAAUCUCCUCAAUGGGUACAUUUUAUGAUGCAUAAUCCAGAACCUCAUGUGUUGCUGUUCAGAAGACUUCUAAAUAAAGUUAGACCUUCAGAGUCUUAAAUAAAGUUGGAGCUUCAGAACCUACACAGUGAAUUUUGAAUGUUCUCACAAGUUUAACACAUUACAACUCUAAUGCAUGUUCACAAUCCAAUCUGUGUUUCAAUUGUAAUAUAAAAAGCAUUUGUUCAGUAUUGUCCUAUUUAUCUAUUAAGUAAAUGUUUCUUUAUUUAAUAAAAUAUUCUUUCAUAAA